AUGAAAACAUUUCUAUCAAUUUCACUUUUAUUUGCCAUAAGUUAUUCACAAUUUCUUAAACCCACUUCAGGAACUCAAAUAAUAAUGUAAUCUUGUGGGAUUCAAGAAUACCUACUACCUGAGAUAUACUAUGUUUAAGGCACUGCAUCUUCAAUUGUAGAACCAACUCAAGCCAUCAUUAAAUUAAAUAUCGAAGUUAAAAAAAAUAAAGCUUAAGAGGCACUCUAAUAAUUGGCCGUUAUUUCAGAUAAGGCUAUAAAGUAAUUUAUUAUUUUAUUGUUAGAGCUAUUCAAGAAUAAUCAAGUGUGGAAUUAAAAAUUCAGACAAAUGAUUAUUCCAUUUAACCAUAUAUAGAAUAUGAUUACAACAUAGAUCCUGUUAAAUUGAUCUUUGAGGGGUUCAAAGCUAAUAAUUUACUCACUAUAGAAACAAAAAAUCUUCAUGAAGUUGGAAAGUAAUAUAUUUUAUUUAUAUUAGAAUCAUUGAUACUGCUGUAAAAAAUGGAGUUGAGAAUAUAAAUGGUGUAAAUUUUGAUAUUAGUCAAGAAUAAAAAAAUAAACUUAAAGAUUUAUUGAUUUAAGAAGCCAUUAAAGAUGCUAGACAUACGGUUAUACUUUUCAACAAUAUAUUUAGGCUAAUGUAGUUUUAAAAUAAAUGAAUAUGAAAAUAUUAUCAGUAAAAAGUGUUGUUAUAAAUGAAUACUAUAAUUCAGAUUAGGAGAAUACCCAUUAUUAAUCAGUAACUGUAGGAUACAUAAUUUCAACUAUAGAUUAAUGA